AUGUGGUCAUCUACCCUCCUGACACCAUCGUCUAUCCACCUGCAAAAGGUUUCUGGCGCUUUAACCAACGCUGUAUUCUUCGUGUCCUUCAAUCCGGCUCCUGACCCCACCUCUCCGUCUGAGUCUCCACUGCUCACACCAACAAUGCCAGCCUCAGAUCCUUCACACCCACCACCUAUCACCCCUGAUCAAUAUCCUCCCACACUAUUGUUCAGAGUGUAUGGUGUCAGCUCUGACGCUUUGAUCUCCCGAGAUGAAGAGCUACGAAUCCUAUAUGUACUCUCUACCGAAUAUCAUAUCGGUCCAAAAAUCUACGGCACAUUCCAAAAUGGUCGAGUGGAACAAUUUUUCCCGUCUCGUGCUCUGACGGCUGUGGAGCUCAGAGAGCCCCAUAUCUCUCACGGGAUAGCUAGGAGGAUGAGGGAAUUGCACUCAGUCGAUCUGAGACUGAUCGGUUUCGAGCAAGGGAGGGAGACUGAGCCGAUGGUAUGGAAAUGUAUUAGAGAGUGGUCUCAAGCUGCAGAAGAGGUUCUGGGCACAUUAUCAGCGUUAGGCGGGAAAUGGGAGACAUGGGUUGAAACAUUCGGUCAUCACAAGAUUAAGAAGGAAGUGGAAAGUUAUAAGAGAUGGGUGGAUAAUGAGCAAGGCGCGGGUAGAGGUGCUGUGUUCGCUCACAAUGAUACGCAAUAUGGAAAUAUAUUGUUGCUCGACAUUGAUCUACCCCCUAACGUACCAGAUCACCAUCGUUAUGUUGUGAUCGACUUUGAGUACUCCGCGCCUAAUGCUCGAGGAUUCGAUAUAGCGAAUCACUUCCAUGAAUGGAGAGCGAAUUAUCACCACCCAACUCAUUCACACUCGUUACAACCUCAUUUCCCCUAUCCUUCAUUGACUCAACGACAAGACUUCUAUCGCGCUUACCUGUCAAUUGAAAUGGAUGGCAGGAAGGAGAUCGUCGGUCAUAGAAAGGAUGUGCUGGGCGAAAAGGUCGAUGUAUUGGAAAGGGAAGUCAGGAUAUGGAGCCCUGCCCCGAGUAUCUUCUGGGCAUUGUGGGGUAUCAUUCAAGCUCAAGAACAAGUCGAAGGGAUUAUUGAGAAGCAAGAUGGUUAUGUACCGGAGUUUGACUAUCUUUCCUACGCUAUGGAGCGACUUGAGAUGUUCCGAAAGGAAGCUGGGGAAUUAGGCGUACCUUUGUAA